AACAGCCAAUCACAGAAGGAUUAGUCUCCUAAAGAUGUGAGCCCUGUAAUGUUAACCUAUAUUAGGUUGUGCUCAACACGAACUGGGCAUCUUCCAGAAAGACCAAUCGCUGAACAAGCAAGUAACUUUCAAGAGAAGCCAGAGCUAUCCUUUUCAUUUCAGGAAACACUUCAACAGAAAAUGAAACAGCUUAUUGUAUUGCUCAUUGUUGCUGUUCUGAUAGCCAAUUCCCUUGCUAUCCCGAGGGAUUACAUUGAAGGCRUUCUCGCCAAGAGAAACCUUGCUUCUGGCAUUUCGUGCAUUGGUGAGUGCAAGGUUAAAGAUAGCCAUGGCAGAUGUGUGACCGAUGCAAAGUGCCUAAUUGACAAGAAUCGCGGAAAGAGAAACCUUGUUUCUGGCAUUUCGUGCAUUGGUGAGUGCAAGGUUAAAGAUAGCCAUGGCAGAUGUGUGACCGAUGCAAAGUGCCUAAUUAACAAGAAUCGCGGAUAAGCUUGUAAUUGAUAUAAAGGCUUACCUUCCCCUCAUUAGUAAAGAGUUUCGCUCUCCCAGUUAAACUGGAAUGGAAUAAAACUGAUGCACAUUAAA